ACUUCUUUAUUUAAAAUUCUGCAACACCACAUCAAACUUCAUACACAUCCUUUGACCUUGAUUAUAAUAAUCAUCUAAAAAAUACUAGUAAAAUGCGUGUCAUCACUUCAUUAAAAAAACAUCCAAACACAAAUUUUUAAAGUAUGGAGAGGAAGCUGGUUGAGGCGGCCGUGAAGGGAGAUGUGCAGCAACUGCAAAACCUGAUCAAAGACGAUCCCUUGCUGCUGUCGGCUGCGGCUUUGGGAGGCGGCGACGCUCCGUUGCACAUAGCAUGCAUUGGGAGCCAUCUCGAAUUUGUGAAGGAGUUGCUGCUUCAUCUGGGCGCCGAAUCCGCUGCAGAGCUCAAUCAAGAGGGUUUAAGCCCCCUGCACAUCGCUUCUGCUAGAGGCGAUGUCGAGAUCGUGAAGGAGCUGCUGAAAUUGGGCGGCCAUCUUUGCUUGGCGAAGGGAAGAGAGAGCAGAAUCCCUCUUCACUCCGCCGUUGCUAAGGGCAGAACGCGAGUCAUCGCGGAGCUGCUGUCGGCCUGCGAGGGUUCCAUCGCGCACGCGACUGCCCGAGGCGAAACUUGCUUCCAUCUGGCCGUGAAGUUCAAUCAGUAUGAAGCUUUCAAGGUCCUCUGCGAUCAUGCUGUCUCGUUUGGGAUGGAGGAGGUCUUGAAUAGCAAGGAUGGUAGGGGGAAUACCGUCUUGCACAUUGCAGCAUCUAAAAAGCAAUAUGAGGUUUUUGAUCUAUUGCUAGAGAAGAACCCUUACAUGAAGAACAAAUUGGAGGUGAAGUCAUUGAACAACAAGAGGCGCACCCCGUUUGAUGUGUUGAUAUCAGAAGGUGGCGACUGCGACAUAGAGGAGAUUCUCACUAGAGCAGCACCACCAACGCAGACAAUUCCCGCCGGUGAAGAGCAGUCGCCGGAGCAGCAACAGCGGCGGCGCCGCCCCCGAUCGGCGUCCCAGAAGCUGCAGGACUACUUCAAGUACGACAAGACGAAGGAGUCUCCGGGCAAGGCAAGAAACACGCUGCUCAUCAUAGCCGUGCUAAUCGUCACCGCCACGUACCAGGCGGUGCUCAGCCCUCCCGGCGGCGUGUGGGAGGCGGACGGCGGCGGCGGCGGCGGCGGCAAACGCCACUCGGCAGGGCAGUCGGUGAUGGGCACGAACAAAUACGUGUCGUAUGGGCUGUUCCUGGUGUUCAACUCCAUGGGCUUCUUCAUGUCUGUGCACCUCAUCCAUUUUCUCACAAGCGGACUUCCCCUGCAGUUUGAGAUCAGAGUAGCGCUCUUUGCGCUCACAGCAACUUAUGAUACUUGCAUGGUCGCCAUUGCGCCUCCUGGCAUCUUAUCCACCUUCUUCAUCGCGCUCUCUGUUAUGAUGCCGAUCAUCAUCGCCUUGCUAACCUACCUCAUCAGAGAUUUCACCACUUUUGUAUCGUAGACUACCAUAAUA